UGAGUUGGUGCGCUCCGCAAAUUAUGUGCGCUAUUUGAGCAAAGCUGGAUUGGAGUUUGGUGACUCUUUAAGUUUGUGCCUUCAAGUUCGACCAUUGGCAGCUCGGCCUCUUGCAAGUUGCAGCCUGUUUUCUUGCCGGGGCCUAUGCUAAUCAAGACGCAUACAGACUCACAGAGCCUGCUUAUUGCGAGGGGUUUGCAGAGUUUGCAUCUAGGUGCGGAGUAGAGGAGCAGCAAACUCCAUUGUGCUCGAGGAAAAUUCGCUUCUAACCAAUCCGUGUGGAGCUAAUCGUUGGUGUGAGGUUUCUUAUGGCGGAAAGCAAAGAAAAGCACGAGAGCGGCUUGCUCGCCCCUACAUCGUACGACAAAGAGCCCCCUAGGGACCCGUCCCUGAUCAUAAACUCCAAGACCCCAUUCAAUGCAGAGCCGCCCGUGGGGGCCCUGGCGCAGUCAUUUAUCACACCUACCCCGCACUUCUACAAGAGAAACCACGGGCCCAUUCCCAUCUUGGAAAAUGAGGAGGAGUAUCGGCUCACGAUUGAUGGCCUGCUGCCGCACCCAAUCAAGCUGACCCUCGCACAGCUCAAAAGCUUGGGGAAGGAAGUCGUGGUGGCUUCGCUCAUGUGUGCAGGGAACCGCCGCACCGAGAUGAGCAGACUGAAGGCUGUGCGAGGGGUUGGGUGGGGCCCAGCGGCGGUUGGGAACGCUGUAUGGGGUGGAGUGCCUCUGAGCCGGGUCCUGCAGCUGGCAGGGGUCUCGCAGGGGGCUUGGGAGACGCACUCGGGGGGCCGCCACGUGGAGUUCGUCAGCGUGGACAGGUGUAAAGAAGAGAAGGGUGGCCCGUACCGUGCGUCCAUCCCCCUGCACAUGGCCACGUGUCCCGACCAGGAGGUGCUGCUCGCUUACGAGAUGAACGGGGAGCCUUUGCCUCGCGACCACGGUUGCCCGCUGCGCGCGGUGGUGCCAGGUGUCAUCGGGGCGCGCUCCGUCAAGUGGCUGGACAGGAUCAACAUCCUGGCGGAUGAGUGCCAGGGCUUCUUCCAGCAGCUCGACUACAAGAUGUUCCCGCCCUGGGUCGACUGGGACAACGUCAACUGGAGCUCGCGCAGUUCCAUCCAGGACUUUCCCGUUCAGCUGGCGGUGUGCUCGCCGACCUCCAAAGACAGCAUCGCGCCCGGUAGCAAGGUCACUGUGAAAGGGUAUGCCUUGUCGGGGGGCGGUCGGAAGAUCGAACGAGUGGACGUGUCGGUCGACGGGGGUGCCACGUGGGCGGAGGCGCAGCGGCUGCCGCAAGAGGGGACUCACGGACGCUGGGCUUGGACCCUCUGGAGCCUGUCUGCAAUCGUAAAUCCGCCGUGCCAAAUCAUCGCGAAAUGUGUAGACGUAGCUUCCAAUACGCAACCAGAACGGGUCGAGACGAUCUGGAACUUGAGGGGCGUGCUGAACAACUCGUGGUUUAGGGUAGACAUUGAGCCGCCCAAGGCGCGGCUUUAAGCAGCAUUGCCAUUAUUAAAACUCCAACACUAAGGAUUCCACUGAGCCCUUGAACUUUGAGACUGAAUUCUUGGCCUCCUUCGUCUGUACAUACGCUUCCCGGUCCUCCGAUGAUAAUUUUGGAGUUAGUGUAUGGAGACUCAAGGAGUGCUUAACAGUCAAAUGUGUAGACUGGUCAGUUAUUAAGCUCAGACGGCCUAGACCGUCACUCAUCAGCCUUCCGGCCGAUAGCGAUUAAGAAGGCUUGUUCUUUUGACCGCUUAUCUUAAGAAUCGCAAGGACGUACUUCAAGGACUUCCGAUCCUGCGAGCAAGGGCAAAGAUUGUCAUUCGGUGAUUAAGAGGG